AGAGCCUGAUAGGAUGACGUUCCUUUUGAGAGCAACAUCCGCGGAAGGCUGAGGUGGCAUAGCAUUUGAGCAAUCACACAAUUAACACCAUGAGACUUUUUGCUGUCGUUUUGGCUCUUUGUUUGAGCCUCUGUGCCGCUGAGACGUGUUCAGACCCCGUCUUCUCCCCUGCCACCUACACCACGACGGAUGCCGUCAUCUCUUCCGAGACUGUGUUUAUCGUGGAACUGAGCCUGGCUUGUGCCAAUGGCGUUCAGAGCGUGGCCCUGUAUGCUGACGUCAAUGGGAAGCAAUUCCCUGUCACCCGUGGACAAGAUGUUGGCAAAUACCAGGUGUCCUGGAGUGUGCCCCACAAGCAGGCCAGCUCUGGCACCUACCAGGUGAAAUUCUUCGAUGAGGAGUCCUACAGUGCCCUGCGCAAGGCUCAGAGGAACAAUGAAGAUGUUGCCGACAUCAAGCCCCUGUUCUCUGUCAAUGUUGACCACAGAGGUGCAUGGAACGGCCCCUGGGUGUCCACGGAGGUCCUGGCCGCCGUCAUCGGCAUUGUGGUCUACUAUCUGGCCUACAGCACCAAGGGAUCCAUCCAGGCCUAAAGCGCCUCUAAUCCUCAUGGCACCACCACCACAGCAGCAGCGGAGCUCAACACCAGUCCUUGCUUCCCUCUGUCUGUUGGCCAAGAUGGUGUUUUUGCAAUGGCAUUCCUGCUAAGACUGAAUAUGCCCACCACACUUGUUCAGCAGUGGGGAGUCCUGUCAAAAGCAUUUGUGCCUGUCAACAGCUGUUGUUGUCACAUCUGGUGGACAUCGAGGUCCAUGAACUGGGGCCAUUCAUGAAACACACACACACACACAGACACACACACACACCGACACGCACACACAUUCACUCUAAUUUGUGCAAUGUUUUGUACAAAUAAAAAUGGUUAAUUCUUCCUUAAGGAAGUGAGUGGUUAUCAAUAAAAAUCAUGCCACGGUUUGACAUAAAACAAUGGUAACUGCACUGACUGUAAGGAACUUUACAAUGAAAGGAACUUUUCACGAUAUGUGUUGUCAGUAAAUGUCACUCAAAAGUUGAACGUAAUAAAUCUCUUUAUAUAUAAAUAA